AAUGUGCAAGAACGAAACUUAAUUAGAACGGUAGCAAGAGGAGCACGGGCCGUACGACCUUUAUAUAUAGGCGGGUGGAAUGGUGAGCAGCUACCCACUUGAUCGAUCAACAACACAGGGAAGCAUCUCCAUUCCCCUUGGGCAAUAGAGUAGCUAGCUAGCUGCUGCUCCUUUCCUGUGUUCCCCCAAAACAACGGCGUUCAACUGAUCGAUCAUGGCGACGAGCGAGCUAGAAUCACCCCCGCCGCUGCCGCUGCUGCUGUACGCGGCGAUGGGCGCUGUUCUGGCGUGGUGCGCCGUGCGGGUGGCGGAGUGGGCUUGGUGGAGGCCGCGGAGGCUGGAGCGGGCGCUGCGCUCGCAGGGCCUCCGCGGCACGGCGUACCGGUCGCUGGCCGGCGACGCGGCGCUGGGCGUGCGGCUCAACGGGGAGGCCAGGUCCCGGACCUUGCCGCUGCGCUGCCACGACGUCGUGCCCCGGGCGAUGCCCAUGUUCCACCAGGCCAUGAAGGAGCACGGUAAAAUAUCGAUCACCUGGUUUGGGCCGGUGCCUAGAGUGACGAUCACCAAGCCCGAGCUGGUGCGAGAAGUUCUGUCCAACAAGUUCGGCCACUUCGAGAAGCUCAAGCUCGGUCGUCUUCAGAGGAUGCUGCACAACGGUGUGGGCAGCCACGAAGGCGAAAAGUGGGCCAAGCACAGGAGGAUCAUCAACCCUGCCUUCCAUCUGGAGAAGCUCAAGCGCAUGUUGCCGGCCUUUGCGGCAUGUUGCACGGACCUGGUGCAGAGAUGGGAAGGUUUAUCCGCAGGCGACAAGCCUUACGAGGUCGAUGUCUGGCCUGACAUGCAGAACCUGACAGGGGAUGUCAUAUCCCGCGCCGCAUUCGGCAGCAGCUACCUCGAAGGCAGGAGGAUCUUCCAGCUUCAGGGCGAGCAGGUUGAACUCGCCGUGAUGGCCAUGAACAAGAUCCAUAUCCCGGGUUACAUGUUCUUGCCUACGAGAGCCAACCGAAGGAUGAAGCAGAUCGCUGCAGAGAUCGAGAGGAUCCUGAAAGGCAUCAUCGCGAAAAGGGAGAACGCCUUGAGAGCCGGCGAAGCCGCAAGCGACGAUCUUCUCGGGCUGCUGCUGGAGUCAAACAUGGCACACUGCAGCAGCGGGGACGGCAACUCGAAGGCCGGCAUCACGACCGACGACGUGAUCGGGGAGUGCAAGCUGUUCUACUUCGCCGGCAUGGAGACCACGUCGGUGCUGCUGACGUGGACGAUGAUCGUGCUCUGCAUGCACCCGGAGUGGCAGGACCGCGCCAGGGAGGAGGUCCUAAAUGUCUUCGGGGAGAACCAGCCGGAUUACGACGGAUUAAGCCGCCUCAGAACCGUGACGAUGGUGUUGUACGAGGUGCUGCGGCUGUACACGCCGCUGACGACGCUCCACCGGAAGACGUACAAGCCGAUGGAGCUGGGCGGGGUCAGGUACCCGGCGGGCGUGGUGCUGAUGCUGCCGCUGCUGUGCGUGCACCACGACAAGGAGGUGUGGGGCGCGGACGCGGACGAGUUCAGGCCGGAGAGGUUCGCGGAGGGGGUCUCCAGGGCGUCCGCGGACGCGCCGGCGUUCUUCCCGUUCGGCUGGGGCCCGCGGAUCUGCGUCGGACAGAACUUCGCGCUGCUCGAGGCCAAGAUGGGGAUCGCCAUGAUCCUGCAGCGCUUCUCCUUCGAGCUCUCGCCGUCCUACGCGCACGCGCCGUUCCCCGUCGGCCUGCUGCAGCCAGAGCACGGCGCGCAGAUCAACCUCAAGAGGCUUCGGUAAAGCUAAUGUGUUGUGUCGAUCCGCAUGUACAGCAUAACCGGUGUGGGUGCUGAGAAUCACUCGAGCACUCGAAUUACGGAAAAUGGGAGGAAAGCAAAACUACUUUUGUAACGAGGACUGGUAUUUAACAUCACUUUAUUGAUCAUCCUACGGCUCGAGUGUUGUGGCGAGUCAUUUUUGUGU